AUGGAGUUAACUUCUUCUAUGGACUGGAGCUGGUGUCUGUUUGCACUCCCAGCUGUUGUGGAAAGCCAAAACUUGUUGUGUUUGGUUUUCUUUUCUACCCUCAUGGCCCUUUUCUCAGUUGCCUUUCUAACCUGGGCUUUCUCCACUGGAGGGUUUGCCUGGAAAGAUGGCAGGAACCAAAUGGGCCAGGUCCCGAUUCCUGGACCUAGAGGCCUUCCUCUCUUCGGCAGUUUAUUCACCUUGAGCCACGGCUUGGCUCAUCGCACUCUUGCUCGCAUGGCUUCCUCCAGUCGCGCCACCCAGCUCAUGGCUUUUAGCUUGGGCUCAACCCCUGCCGUGAUCUCCUCCGAUCCCAUAAUUGCUCGUGAAAUCUUGACCUCUCCCCAUUUCGCCAACCGUCCGAUCAAGCAAUCCGCUAAGACCCUGAUGUUCUCCAGGGCCAUUGGGUUCGCUCCAAAUGGAACGUACUGGCGGCUCCUAAGAAGGAUUGCAUCAGCUCACCUAUUUGCGUCGAAGCGCAUUGCUGCUCACGAAGCCGGCCGCCAGCUGGACUGCGCCGCCAUGUUGCAUGCCAUCGCCAAUGAGCAAUCACUUCAUGGCACCGUUUCCUUACGAAAGCACCUUCAAGCUGCGGCGCUUAACAACAUUAUGGGGACCGUAUUUGGAAAAAGAUACAACCUCACGUGCAAAAAUGCUGAGGCUACAGAAUUGCAUGAGAUUGUUAGAGAAGGGUUUGAGGUCUUAGGUGCUUUCAACUGGUCUGAUUAUCUCCCAUGGCUCAGCUACUUUUACGACCCUUUUCAUAUCAACGAACGCUGCUCAGCUCUAGUGCCUCGUGUCAGAAAGCUUGUAAAGAAAAUAAUAGAUGAGCACCGCCAUGUUGAUUCCAGCCGGCUCUCUGACAAUUCUGAUUUUGUUCAUGUUCUACUCUCUUUAGAAGGGGAUGAGAAACUUGAAGAAGAUGACAUGGUGGCCGUCUUGUGGGAAAUGAUCUUUCGUGGUACUGAUACAACUGCACUAUUAACUGAGUGGGUCAUGGCGGAGCUAGUCGUGAACUAUGAUGCGCAAAACAAGCUUCACCACGAGCUUGACUUUCUUGUGGGAAACAAAAACGUCACAGAUGCUGAUGUGGCUAAAUUGCCCUACCUCCAAGCUGUCAUAAAGGAGACCCUACGUCUCCACCCACCUGGGCCCCUCCUCUCAUGGGCCCGGAUAUCCACGUCGGAUGUCCACUUCAGCAACGGCAUGGUGGUGCCAGCCAACACUACCGCCAUGGUUAACAUGUGGUCAAUUACCCAUGACCCGAAAGUGUGGGAGGACCCUUUGGUGUUCAAGCCAGAGAGGUUCUUGAAGAGUGAAGAGGGUGCUGACGUGGACCCCAGGGGAGGGGACCUCAGGCUCGCACCCUUUGGGGCUGGUCGUAGGGUGUGUCCUGGCAAGAACCUAGGGCUCGUCACUGUAAGCCUUUGGGUGGCUAAGUUGGUGCACCAAUUCAAAUGGGUUCAAGACAAGGCUAACCCAUUUGACCUAACUCAUGAGAUCCUGAAGUUGUCUUGUGAGAUGAAGAACCCUCUCUUUGCUGUGGCUGUUCCAAGGAAUGGUGUUCCAGUUAUUUACGGUUAG